GUCCAUAUCUGCGGACUCUCACUUUGAAAUCAUAUGCAAAAAGCCGUUAGGCCCGUUCGUGAUUGGUUUCUCAUUUGGAAAGUUGAACGCCUUGAAUACCAUGAUGUAAAACAUGACCUAGCAUUAUGGUGAUUUCGUUCAAGGAAUUCUAUUACAGCACGACAUGUGACAUGUGUGCGUGUUUAGCUCCUCGUUUCGAUUUUCAUGUUAAUUCUAUUUCAAUUUAUUCCCGAAGUCACCGGUGUUAUCGGAGAUAUUAUUCGUCAAAAAAAACGUUCUGAUGUGUGCGCAACGUUGUGCUGGUUUUGCUAAGGAAAAAUAAGUAUCGCACUUCGUUUCUCUUCGCAGUCAGUCACUGUUUGGCGUUCGAACAGGCAGUACGGUUAUUAUGAUAAGAGGACUGUGCAGAGGAUUGUACAGCGUCGUGCAGAAGAUGAACGCGGCUACAUGGAAUAGUUAUGCAACUGCACAAAUAGCACCAUUGCAGAGAGCCGCGCUGGAGGAGCGUUGUAUACUUGUGGAUAACCUGGACAGACCUGUUGGCGAAGCCACCAAAAAGGCCUGUCAUGAAAUCAACACAGAAGGAGAUGUACUGCUUCAUCGGGCGUUCAGUGUUUUUCUGUUCAAUAGUAAAGGAGAACUUCUACUCCAGAAGAGGUCCAAACAUAAGAUAACUUUUCCGGAUCACUAUACCAAUACCUGCUGCAGUCAUCCACUUGCAGAGAUACCCGGAGAAACAGUAGAGAAAGAUGCCAUAGGUAUCCGUAGAGCCGCAGUGAGACGCCUCAGUUAUGAGUUGGGCAUCCCCAGUACAGAGAUUCAGCCCUCUGAGUUAUUUUAUCUGACUAGAAUCCACUACAAAGCAGUCAGUGACAGUCGUUGGGGUGAGCACGAGAUCGAUUAUAUGUUGUUCCUUCAAAAGGAUGUCACCAUAGAUCCCAACCCUGAUGAAGUGAGCGAGGUUCGAUGGGUGCCUAGACGGGAGAUCGAAAAUUUUGUGAAGACUGUAAAAUCGCCGCUAACGCCGUGGUUUCGCUUAGUUUUGAAGCAUAAACUGUUGCAUUGGUGGGACAAUCUGGACACUCUCGACAAGAGGCAAGAUGUCGAUAAUAUAACUGUGCUGUCGUGACGCACGCAAGUUUUGUCACUGUGAGAAAAGCACAUGAUUGAACAAUGUUUGGACAGAUUGCUAGAUGAUCUGUAGAUAAUCAAUUCAUUCGUUCGUCAGACGUUUCUGUACAGUUAUGAUUCAUGUUAUAACCUGAAAAUAAUGACAUUAGAUCAGUAUGCAGGAGUUGUUCUUGUAAUUAUAUUUUUCUAAUUCAAGUUUCUUUUAUACAUGUGAAUAUUUUAAAAAAUUGUGUGUACAAUUUGGGCGAUUGUGGAAAGAAAUAUAAAUAUAUUUGUAUAUAUAAUAUAUAUAAUAAAUACAAUAUAUAUAUAUAUAUAUAUAUAAAAAUCCAAUAAUAUAUAUAUAAUAUAUAUAAAUAUAUAUUAUAUGUUUAUUUAUAUUAUAUAUAUUUAUAUAUGUAUAUGUUAUAUAUAUAUUAUAUAUAUGUUAUUAUAUAUGUAUAUAUUAUAUAUAUAUUUAUAUAUUUGUGUAAGUGUGAAUAUAUGUGCUUGUGUAAAUAAGUACAUGUUAUUUUCGAUGUAAGAGAAAUUUGUGAAAUUUUUGGCUGUGUUGCUGGAUGUUUGUGAAACAUAUUUCUGACAUUUCGUUUUCACGUACAUGUUGCAAUUAAGAACAUCUUGAGAAACAUGUACUGUUAAACAUAAUCAGUUAUAUGAUACGAAAUACACAUGUAACGAAAUACAUAUGUUUCUGAUUAUAA